AUGUCGGACAGUAUCACCCAUCGUCCAGCCUUAGGCCAUGUGGCUGCAAUUGGCACCCUCUACGAUGCAAGAAAUGACACUUUUUUACCCCGUUCCCUAUUCACUGGCCAGCUCCCGGCCGAUGCUAUCGUUCGGGGUGAUAUUUCCAAGAAGACUGUUAAUGUCAAUUAUGUCGACUCCUACAAGGUCAGAUUUCAGGAGAUGGGCCUCAGUACUGAACUCAGCGCAAGUAUCUUGGCUGGCCUUGUCCCUGUUGGUGGAUCUGGUCAUUACCUGAGCGAAGAGCGGGACAGCAAUUACAUCCUACUGGCGGCCCUGCACCACAAAAUUACCACUGUUCAAGAGAGUUUGAAUCUCAUGAGCAGCGGCAUGAGGUCUUGCCUUGGCAUUACAUCUCUUUCGACCAAAGAAGCCACUCACGUAGUGACUGAGAUUGAAUGGGGCGCCCAGAGUUUUAUUACCGCUCGCCAUCGGCUGUUAGGCAAUGUAGAAAGAUCCAUCGUCGAGCAACGCUUCCAAGCCCAAGUCAAAACAUUCGAAGAAAGUAUCACGGCGCCUGUUCAUAGCGUUCAUGGAAACGACCACGGGGGAAUGGGGGCGGAUCUCCCGCUCGAAAUAACCGCAUACGGUGACAUUCUCGCUGAUAAUGGCAUCAGAAUGCACGAUUUCCAAGAGGCCAACAACUUUCUUGGCCUUAUUCCUCAAAAUAUCAAACAUGAGAAUGGCGGUAAGGGGACGCCGGUCACCUACAAACUUGUCCCUGUUGGAAUGCUUCCCAUGUUCCUCCCAAUCCAAGUUCAAGUCGAUAGCACGGUAACGCCCCCUAGCGCAGAUUGCCUUCAACGAUUCGUUCUACUAUUCGACCAAAUUCGGGCCGGGCAACAAAGAAUGAACGACUAUCAUUCUUUUGUUAGAAGGCAUAAACUCUAUAUUCCAGACGAUCAUGUCCGAUCUGUUGAGGAGCGCAUAAGCGCUAUGAAAAGUGCCGAAACACAUCUCAAGUCCAGUUAUGCACGUGUCUUACAGAAUGCCAGAUCUGGAGUCGAUGAUCCUGGGAAGGUCUGGGAUCUACUUAAAGACCCUAGCGUCGAGAAGUUCUCUCCUCAAAGCAUUACAGAUAUAACGGAAAGCCACCGCGAGAAGGUUGAGUUAAUACAGAUGAUGGUGGCCAAUGGCGCGAGUUAUAUUGGCUACAAUGAUCUAGAUGUGGAUCGGGAGCUUGCUAAAGUCCGUGGGAUUGAUGCCUAUGUCUUCGCCUUUUCUCAAACCGCCAUGAAGGACAAGAACUCAUGGGACGGGAAUAAAAAGCUGUUGUUCGACCUGCUCACUGAUCGGAGCUCCAGAAAGUUCGUCGCCAUCGUUGACUAUGAUGCAAGAAAAAAGACUCUGGAGACAUCACGCAUCUCUCAUUUCCGGGACAGGAAAGAAGUCGUCGGUGACUUGCUUGACCACCGAAAGUUUUUGGCCGAGAAAUCCUUUGCUCGAUAUGCACAGGGCACCCUUGAUACAGAGGUCACUCAAAAACCGUUAAAGCGAAGAUUCGUCAAAAUUGCUUGUCCUAGUUCGCGCUGCCAGCAGAACGGAGAGCAAGAUUGGGUCUGCUUCCAGUGCCACGCGCCGCUUGAAUAUGGCUUUUCCGAUCCUUACAUAUACUGCGACUGCGGCCGGAGCCAGUAUAGCAAUUACCAGUUCAAGUGCAGCAGUCAGCAGCAUGGACCUGGUUUUGAACAGUACGACCAACAAGUCUUGAAUGCACUACUGAAUAGCCUCACUGCACGCGACAAUUUGAAUAUCUUGAUUUUGGGAGAGACUGGGGUUGGCAAAUCGACGUUCAUCAAUGCAUUUGUCAACUACCUCACGUUUGAGACCCUUGACGAAGCCAUGAAGUCAGAAGGGCUCAACUGGGUUAUACCAUGCUCGUUCUCCACCCAGAUUAUGGACAGGACAAAUCCCGAUAGCAAGAUCGAACAAAAGAAAAUUGUGGUUGGGUCCCGUGCCGAUGAGAAAGACGGCAGCAAGGGUGCCUCCGCAACUCAGGAGACGACUGUUUAUCCAGUGACAAUUGGAACAACCACUAUUCGCUUGAUUGAUACUCCUGGUAUUGGUGACACCCGUGGUCUUGAAUUUGACAAGAAAAAUAUGGCCGACAUCCUAGCCACCCUAAGCAACUACGAAGAGCUGCAUGGAAUUCUUAUUCUGCUCAAGUCAAAUAAUGCGCGGCUGACAACAAUGUUCAGCUUUUGCGUAAAAGAGUUGCUAACGCACUUGCAUCGUGACUCAGCGAGGAAUAUGGCCUUCGGCUUCACAAAUACCCGCAUCUCGAACUACACUCCAGGCGACACAUUUGGAUCCCUUGAGACCUUACUUAAUCAGCACCCUGAUGUUGGAUUGUCGCUGUCGAUUCAUACAACCUAUUGCUUUGACUCGGAAAGUUUCCGCUACCUAGCAGCUUACAAAAUGAAUGUCCCAAUGGAUAACUUUGAAGACUUUCGCCGCAGCUGGGGCCAUUCAAGGCAAGAAGCAAAUCGUCUCCUGGAUCACUUUCAGUCUCAAACGCCCCACCUGGUCCAGAGCACGAUAAGCCUCAACAGCAGUCGCGAAGUGAUCACGCAGUUGACAGUGCCUAUGACUGAGAUAUCGCAACUCAUCAACAGGAACAUAGCAAUAGCUGAAGACAAGAUACAGGAGCUGAAGGAUCACCGGCUGAAAGGCGACGAUCUUAGGAAGCGCCUUCAUGUAUCAAAGGUGCAGUACAACCCACAGCCGCUCUCCAAACCAAGAACUGUCUGCUGUGACACUUCUUGCACUGAAUACAGAGCCGACGGAAAUCAAGAAGAUAAGUCGAUCACCGUGUACAAGUCACAUUGCCACGCUGUAUGCUAUCUCACGGAUGUCGCUGCAGACGUACGAUCGCACCCAGGUCUGAUUCACUGCGCAGCGUUCAGCGGGUCAAACUAUUGCACUCAUUGUUCCCAUCAUUGGCAGGAGCAUAUGCAUAUCCUAUACGAGUUGCAUGAGCAACCGGGGACGGUGACAGAUCUCGAGAUCGAAAAGCAGUUGAAAGAUCAUGCCGAUGAUAUCACGCUGAGACAAACGGCAAUUACCAACACCGACCAGCUUGUCAACGAGUACAAGAAUGAGCAUGCACAAAUCCAGGAAGCUGCCGCGCAGUUCGGCUUAUUCCUGAAGAAAUGGUCGAUCACAGGCGGUUAUAAUGAUGCCACGCUUGAGUAUCUUGACAUUCUGAUCAAAGAAGAAGAGGGCAAAGUGGGCGCUGGAGGAAGCAAAAAGAAGCUCAACGCAUUACUCCUAGAUCGCGCUAAGCAUGUGGAAAUUGUCAAAAUAUUGGAACACAAUAUGAAAUACGAUCCCAAUGCUCGGCUUUUGAACGAACAAGAAGUCGACGCCUUAGUCAGGAAACUAUACAACUUGAAGCAUUUCGGCAAAAAUCUGCGAAAAGUCAAACAGGCCAUCACAGCCGCGCAUGAGGCAACAUAUCGAGAACGGCCGUACCGAGUCAAGAACUCUCGCGGCAGGCCACGCAGUCACUUCAAGCCGACCGACAUCUCUCAUGGUAUACCAAAUGCCAUUGUUGGUCGAAUUCAACAAUCCCUUCCUUCGCGGCCUCAAACCUGGCUGAAUUCCACCACACCGAAGACGACAUAUCAGGAGGUUAUAUAUGGCGCUACACCUGGUACACCAGUUGGGGGAUCUGGAAAUUCAAGCCAACUUUCCCAACAGAAGAAAGUGGCAUCAGCUAAAUCCGCCGUGCGUGGCUGGUUCAAGAGUUAA